GGGGGGUAUCCCGCGGGAUGCGGGCGCUGAGGCGGCUGCACGAAGCGGUGGUGGGGUUACUGCUGUGGCGGGGCUCGGCGGCAGCGCCCCGUCCCGCCGCCUCGGAGGUGCUGAGCCAGCACCUGCGGCAGCGCGGCCUGCCCCACUGGACCUCCUACUGCGUCAAGUACAGCGCCGUCCGCAACGACCAGUUCGGCCUCUCCCACUUCAACUGGCGGGUGAACGGCGCCAACUACCACAUCCUGCGCACCGGCUGCUUCCCCUUCAUCAAGUACCACUGCUCCCGCGCCGCCCCGCAGGACCUAGCGCUGCAGAACGCCGCCUUCACCGCCCUCAAGGUCCUCAACGCCGGCAUCCCAACUUUACUGUACGGAAUUGGCUCCUGGUUCUUUGUCAGUGUCACAGAGACUGUUCAUACGAGUCACGGCCCAGUUACUAUUUAUUUUCUAAAUAAAGAAGACGAAGGCGCAAUGUACUGAAAUCAAGCCCCCCGGUACCGGUCCCUUGGUGGGUUUCUGUGUUACAGCUGCUACAAACGCCUGCUCCCGUUGCCUAAAAAGAACUGAACUGUUUGUUUUUUACAGUGCAUUCUUUGACAUAACAUGCUGUCUUCAGGAAGCUUCGUGGACUUUUUGGUUGUAAAACAUAUAUUUUUGUGGAGUUUGGUAAAGUUGAAAAAGUAGAAGCCUUGGGAGAAGAAUUAAUAUUUCUAAGAGUGUUAGAAUUGAUGUUUAAGUCAGUGACUGGUCCUGCUGAACAAGCUUGUGAUAAUUUAAUUUUACCAACUUAGGGAACUGAAUUGUAGCGUGCGGGCAAGGAAACUGUGAAUACACUAGACGUUUUCAGAACGUGUCUCUGAAAAGAUGAAGCUGCUUAGGUUUAGACUCUGGGUGGGUGUCUUGCAAUGUGUUAAUUGUCAUAGUUGCAAUGAAC